GGUAGUCAUAAGUUUGCAAGCCCAGAAGUUGAUUCAUUGAUUCAGGAGAUAAUUGGAAAACAAUGUAAUAUACUCUUCUGGCUUAUAUGCGAGAAGGUGAACUUGGAAGACGAUCGAUUAUUAGCUCGUGACCAUCUUGGUCACGGGGUACUUCUUCCUCUGGUGUUGUUGGCGAAAUGGCCAGAUAGCGAUUUUCAAUGGAUAUUAUUAGGUUCUGGUUCUUUAAAUCCAGUGUUUCCCCGACCUGUAAAUCCUGAGGGGACUCAAGCAGAGGGAGUUUUAUACGAAGCACUGAAGACCGUCGCUUCUGAAAAUAAUACGAAGGCUCGGAAAUUCAAUGAGAGAAGCGAAACCCGACGUGUUGAAAGUAUAUUGAAAGAAAAAGAGGAUCAGGAAGCUUGUCAAAUAAAAUCUAAUGUAUUAGACGAGCACAUUAUUGAAAGCAAUCUUGUAUUAAAAAGAAAACAACAAAAACGGAAGCAUGCAGAUAAGGAGGGAGAAUGCUCUACGAGGGAACUGAGAAAUAUUUCGCCUGUUGAUUACAAUGAAAAUUUGAAUGAAACUAACCUUUCUGAAUCGGAUCAUGAAGAGAAGGUAAUUAGUACCGGUGUAAAUUAUGACAUAUGGAUUAAUAUUAAAAGGCCUUUAUGUAAAUUUCGGCAGGAGUCAUAUAAAAGAAAACAAAGUGAAUCUAAUGUUGAAAGUGAUUAUGAACCAAGUAGCAGUCCUACUUCCUCUGAUUCGGGCCACGAUCAGAAAAAAAAGCAAAAGAUAAGCGAACGAAAACAACCAAAAUCAAAAGUACAUGGAAGAAAUUAUUGCAGUAGUACAGAUAAUCCAUCACCUGUAAUUAUGAUGACUGGAGGUGACGUAGCAUCACUUCCGCCAUUAUCAUCAUUACUUAUUCCUUCGCUUCCACUGUCACUACUACCACCACUCGGUUCUCUAAAUUCUAUACCAAACAAUGUAAUAAUAUCACAAGAUUUACCAACGUCGGUAAAUCAAUAUCAAUUAUCGACUUUAACAGUUACAAACCCUAUCAUCCAAACCCCUGGGACUCCACCGCCAAGGCCUAAUGUCAAUAAUAUGCAGGUUACUCCCCAAAAGUCGGCGCUUUUUAAGGAAUCCGUUACCUAUCUACAAAAUCAUAUAAAAAUAGAUGUAAAUGAUCAAGGAAUGAUCAUAAAAGACAAUCAUACUUCGGAAGAAAUCUCUAGUAUAAUUCGUAAUUGGCUAAUAAUGGCAUUAACAUCACCGAAAGAGGAAUUUGUAAAUGCUAUCAUGACUCCUUUAAGCUCUGAAGCAAGUCCAAAAGAUCAUGAUUUUCGUCAAAUUUGCGAGUUUAUACUUUAUGAUUUUUAUUUCAUGACAAAGAAAGGUCCUUUAAAAAGAGAUAUUGUUGAAUUGGAUUGUAUGAGGGAAGUGAAGAAGAUAUUCCCCAAGUUUGAUUUACCUAUAAACCAAGCUGAUGGUCUUGGAGUACGGAAUUCAAGUAACAAGGAGGUCGUUUUUAUCGAAAUAUUGGGUGGGCCUGAAAACAAAGAUCAAAAAAAAUUAAAAGAAGAUUCAGAAAAGCUUCUGAAAGAAGCCGUAUUUGGUCUUGUUUCCCUAUUACGAAAUUAUUUGGACAAAAGUGCGGAAGAAUCGAAACAGCUAUACACGUUCAUAAUUCAGGGCAUCGCAGUCUUUGAAUUCCUUUAUAUUCUUGUGAGCGAGCUCGAAAUUCAAACGAGAGUAAUUAAUAAAUUAAGGUUAUCUGAAUCGGCCGAUGGCGUAAUUGUACCAAGAAUUCGUGAUUGGAUUUGGCUGCCAGAUUCGAUUUCUGCAUGGGAAUGUGAAGAGAUUCAAAAUGAAAAUCUAUGA